GAGACCGGAUCUACCACAGGAAAAAUGGCGAAUCUCGUGGAGGCAACUACUCGGCAGCAGUUUGAGGAAAUCUUAGCUAAAGCUGGAAAAUGCCUGACUGUGGUGCAUUUUCAGGCGGCGUGGGCUCCUCAGUGCGGUCAAAUGAACGAGGUGAUGGCGGAGCUGGCCAAGGAGCACGGCAGCAGCACGUUUGUGAAGCUGGAGGCGGAGGCAGUUCCGGAGGUGUCGGAGAAGUACGAGAUAGCUUCUGUCCCCACUUUCAUUUUCUUCAAAGGGUCAGAGAAAGUUGACCGGCUGGAUGGGGCUCACGCUCCGGAGCUCACGAAAAAGGUGCAGCGUUUGGCGGUGGCCGGGAGCCCGGGUGGAGCAGCGGAAAGCGGCGGCUCUGACCUGAACCAGCGACUGAAGAAGCUAAUCAACGCGGCGCCCUGCAUGCUCUUCAUGAAGGGGUCCGCACAGGAGCCCCGCUGCGGCUUCAGCCGGCAGAUAGUGGAACUGCUGAAGAAGCACAGCAUCCAGUUCAGCAGCUUUGACAUUCUAUCUGACGAGGAGGUGCGACAGGGGCUGAAGACCUACUCCAACUGGCCCACCUACCCCCAACUAUAUGUAAAUGGAGAGCUGGUGGGGGGGCUUGACAUCGUAAAGGAGCUGGCGGAGUCUGGAGAGCUGGAGAACACCUGCCCAAAGGCGAUGACCCUGGAGCACCGGUUGAAGACCAUCAUCAACCAGCACCCUGUCAUGCUGUUCAUGAAAGGGAACAAAGAGGGUGCACGAUGCGGCUUCAGUCGCCAAAUAUUGGAGAUUUUAAAUGACACGGGUGUAGAUUACAACACUUUCGACAUCCUGCAGGAUGAAGAGGUGCGUCAGGGUUUGAAGACUUAUUCCAACUGGCCCACCUACCCACAGCUGUACGUGAAGGGAGAGUUGAUCGGAGGUUUGGACAUUGUCAAGGAGUUGAAGGAUAGUGGAGACCUGGCAUCAGUGAUGAAAGGAGAGUCGUAAUGCCAAUAGAUGUGGGGAUCCAACAUAGUCACUGGAAGUAGAAGAAGCAAAUCGUGAAAAUACAUUAAUGGAUAUGAAGGAAGUUAUCCACAUACAAUCUUAAAAUUUGAUUAGGCCUACUGUUAAUUACAGAUCAAAUGACAUUAGACUAUGAGAUUUGUUUUUUCCGUCCUUAAAGUGGCAAACAUGUUUCACUGAAAACCACGGCAUAAUAAUUCCCCGCAGUUAAUACAUUUUCACCGAUAAGUCAAUCGCUUCCUUAUUGUGACCCAUGGAAACAGCUGACUUCAUAUUACUUGAUAUUCUUUGGUGGCCAUCACAUGUACUUCCUCACAAACUCAUGGGUUUACAUCCAUUUCUGCAGGUUUAGCUUCAUCUUGUCCACAUUCUACUCCUAGAAACUCUUACAUUAAAAUAUGUUUUGGGUUACAUUCUUAAAGCUAUCGCACUUCUGUUCACUAAUAAUAACUUUAUGAAUAAACAUUGAAAUAUGA